AUGCUUCAACAUCCUCAGGACCCACGUCAACGGAGAAGCACCAAGGAACGAGGCAGAACUCAGGGCAGCUUUGGAGGAGGGCCUUCAAAAGCUCACUGCUGCGGUCUGCUCCAGGCUGUUCCAGAGAGUCCUAGGCCCAGGCGCGUAAAAUUCUCGAGGAUUUUUUUCUUAAAAGUAGUGUAUAAGGUGGCGUUCGCCAUGCCACCGAAAAAACCCCCGGACAUCGCUCUCGAGCAUGAAUGCCUGGCCUACGUGAGCAAGCUCUUCAAGGAGCCCACUCGAACCCGAGAAGACGUCAAGCUUCGUGCCCAGAGGAACCGAGAGACUGAAUGCACCGUGGUCAAGACCAGCUGGAACAGCUUCUGCAAGGAGGCUGCGAAAGCCCUUCCUCUUGAGAGUGCGCUCAAGGAAGUGAACAAGGCCAUAUGCGAGGCCUAUGUGCUUGCCAACCUGCAUGUAUUGCGCAUGUGUGAGUUGGGAAGAGAAGUGCCACCUCUAGACCAGUCUUUCUUCUAUGGAUGUCUGUCAGCCGUCAGCGUCGCUGGGAGGCAGAAGAGCCCCAUCAAAGAUCUGUUCUUCAGGGAAACGGUCGAGCUGUAUGUUUCAUCACGCCCUGCUAACUACAUGCCCCCGGACAGCGAGCAUCUUGCAUCCGGCUGGUACCAGAAUGCGAGCCUCCAGAUGACGACUUGCACCAGGAACUCCGUCGCUACUAACUUCUACAGGCGCUUCAAGCGCUACUUGAAGCACAAGUAUUCACUGGAUGGCCCAUCAUGCUACCAGAAGAUGCGACACAUGCUGGCAGAGGAAUACGACGGCGACGACCCAUUGGUUCUCGAGUACCGUGCAAUGCUUCCGAAAGCCACGACCGGUAGAGCGGACUCCACAUCUCACCUGUUCAUGCCCAUGCAAUUUAUGUUCCUCCGGUACAUGGAGUCGCACCAUCCUCUCUCUGAAGCCGAGCUGAAGAAGGGCAAGCAGCUGAGGCUCUUCAGUCUCCUUCCCACCAAGAGCGGCUUCGAGUGCAGCCACCUGAAGAUGUGCACGAACGGCCUGUAUGGCUUGCUGAAGAGAGGAGGCGUCAAGUUGCCGGCAUUUGGAGCCAAAUUCAGGGAGGUGGCGGACGACUACUGGAGAGAGCUGUUCAACAUCGCAAAGUACGAGACGAGCAACCGCAAGUUCGCAGGCGAGAUCCUCACAGACGGGAAGGCAGUGUGCAUGAUGCUGAGGAAGCCUAAACCGAAGUCGGCUGUCGGAGAGGGGGCACUCCCUGAUCUUACCGGCAGCGAGGAGCUGUGGGGCUUGGACCCUGGCAGGAGGGACUUGUUCGUCAUGGUAAACGAGCAAGGCGAGAAGUUGUCCUGUUCGACAUGCGAAUUCUACCACGAUGCCAAGUACAAGCUCAGCAACGCCAGGAUCAGGCACUGGUACGAACAGUGCCCGGAGGUGCUCGAGGCAAUCCGGAACAUGCCCACCAAGAAGACGUCGGAGAGUGCCAAGCUGCUCGACUAUGUGCGCUUCAUGCUUCCUCGCUUGGAUAUGCUCCUGAGCUUCCACAUGAGGAAGGGGUUCAGGGGUCUCAAGUUCAAGCGGUAUAUCUAUGCACAGAAGAAGUUGCACGAGAUCUGCAAGGGCAUCACCAAGCGGGUUGGCAAAAGGACGGUCGUGGGCUUCGGGGACUGGUCCAACAAGGACGCAGCAGGGAUCAUGAGAGGAUCACCUUCCGGACCCGUGAAGCGGCUGGAGCGGGAGCUCCGCAAGCAUUGCAGAGUGGUCUCGGUGGAUGAGUUUAGGACCAGCAAGCUACACUUCGAUUGCAAGACGCAGCUGCACAAUCAGUAUUCGGAGAAGCGGUGCAAGGAUGGGGCGGUCAAGACUGUCAAAGUUCACGCCGUAGAAGAGCCCAACGACGCGGCCGUCAAGCAGUUCACGAGCGGCCUACUCGAAGUGCGUCCGGACGUAGCGUUGGCGACGUGCAAGACCAUUUUCCUGAUGGACCUCCGAGAGAUGUUGUCAGAGGUCACCAGGGCGCAGAGGGUUUUCGGUACGACGUCCACGACCCUCCAGAUGCUCGCACGUCUCAAAUGGGAUAGGGACAGGAGAGGAGUGGGAAGGUGGAUGCGCGAGACAUCCGAGAGGAUGGGCCCUCUCUUCGUUAAGGUCAUGCAGUUCGUCUCCGUGCGCGGAGAGGGCUUGGACCCGGAGAUCUUAGAAGAGCUGGUCAAGCUGCAGGACUCCGUGACGCCGUUCGAUUGCAGCGUCUACGAAGAUUUGCUGUCUAGCUACGGCGUGCCCCGUGGCGCCCCUCCUAUCGCUUGUGGCUCGGUGGCAGCGGUCUACAGAGGCUCGAUAAAAGACGGGAGAGAGGUGGCGAUCAAGGUCGUGAGACCCGAUCUGAGAGAGGCCUUCUUGCAGGGGCUGGACGACAUGCAGUCUACUUGCCAGAUCCUCAAGAGACUCCGCGUGGAGGGGAGCGAGAACAUCUCCGAGAUGCUGACGGAGAUGCGACCCGUGAUCUUGGGUGAGACGGACCUGAACAGGGAGGCCCAGAACGCGAUUGCCUUCCGAGAGUCUUUGGAGAGGGUGCCGUGGGUCCGGGUCCCGAGAGUGAUAGCCAGCGGGGAUGAGUGGCUGGUCAUGGAGUACAUUCCAAGUCUGAAAAUAGACGACGUGGAGAACAUCGAGGACAUCAUGUCGGCGCGAGUCGCGGCCCUCAGACUCGCAGCGUGCUUCGCCCUCCAGAUCAUACAGAACGGCCUCUUCCAUGCCGACUUACACAGCGGCAACGCAGGGAUAACAGAGGACGGGCAAUUGGUAUUCUACGACCUGGGUGCCGUGAUAGCUCUCGGCGAUACCCCCAAAAAGUAUAUGCGAGACCUCUUCCGAGCCUUCACGACCGGGAACGCCCAGACCGUGGUCGACUCUCUAUCGGGGAUGGGAGUCUUGGACCUCAGCAAGUGUAGAAACUCGAGAGACACGCGGGCCCUGAUAGAGGCAGUGCAGGCCGUCAUGGGACAGCUGUUACAAGCGGGCAACCCGGAGGACGUCCAUCAGAUCGUGAAGGAGCAGAAGAUCCUGGGGAGGAACCAGUCUCGGGUCUUCAGGCCCAGGCUGGAGUUCCUUUAUUUGUUGCGAAACAGCGGGAUGGUAGACGCUAUCUGCAGAAAACUGGACCCCUUCUUCGACUCCACGGAACUACUCAAAGCGGUCCUGCCCAACCCUCCCCUGGAUUCGGCCCUGAUGACUGCUAUGGCCCGUGAGGUUUUCAUAGACACCCCAAAUCUGGUGAAGACGUUGCCGACCAGCAUCCAGGGCGUUAAGGAGAAGACGGACACCUUACGGGAAGAGAUGAAGAGUAACAGCAGAAUACUGUACGUCUGGUUGACGCUAGUCAGUAUGUGGCUACUCACAAACAGCUAG